AUGGAGGUGAACUUGGAACAAUGUUAUCAUGCACCUACUUCCCUUGCUCUUUUAGUUGGUGCAGCUCCUGAGAUGGUGCAACAGUUUACUUCAGGUUCGCUGGAAUCCGAAGAAGAGUUCUGUGACGCAAAGGAAGAAGCUGACUUGCCAAGCAAACUCGUAAUGGGAGCUGGCGAUGCACAGCCCUAUCCAGGUCAGAAAGAGGAUGUUGAGAGUCUCUGUGAGGAACUGACAGAUCUCCAGCUGAAGUUCGAAGUGAAAGAGGUUGUCGUUGAAUUAACAAGGCAAGAAGACCAGGAGAAGCCAUUGCUCGCUUUUAGCGUGUCUCAACUGGGGACUGAAGUGAACAUCAGAACAUUUCAUUUAACAUCUACAUCAUAUUUAAAGAAAAUCACGUUAGACUAUUGUGACUCUCCUGAUGCCCAAAAUCAGAAGCUACACUUGAUAAGUUGUACUGAUAUGCCAGGUUCAGAUCUUCUGAAAGUGGAAUACAUUAAGGCUGAUAAAAAUGGACCACAUUUUAAAAUGAAUUACAAUAACACUGAACAAAUGCUGAAGGUCACGUUUUCUUCACUCAACUUCCUUCUGCAUGCAAAAGCUUUACUUUCAACCAUCAAUUUCCUAACAGUGGUAGUCCCAUCAGCUGACAUGAGUUCAAUUGAUAGAGAUCGUGAAACGAAAUCUCAACAGCAGGAGCAGGAACUCAAUAAAGGGGUUACCUCAAAAUCAGUUUUGAAAAGCUCAAAGGAUGCUGACCUGGUUGUUUUCAAGAUGUUUGCAGUGAUGAAUGCAUUUAAUGUGGCUGUGUGUGAUGAGAAGUGCAAUAUUGCAGACAUUAGAGUACAAGGUUUGGAUGCAUCUGCUUCAGUACAGUCAAAGCAGAUGGAAGUCUCUGCCAGACUCCGGGAUAUCGUCGUUACUGAUGUUGACUCAAAGACUUUACAUAAAAAGGCUGUUUCCAUUGUUGGAAAUGAAGUGUUCAGCUUUAAUAUAACCUUGUAUCAGAACGGUUUUGAUGAUGAGACCUAUGUUGAUAUGUCAAAGGUGGAUGGCAAAAUCACAUUGCGAGUUGGCUGUAUUCAGAUUAUAUAUCUCCAUAAAUUUGUUUUGUCAUUAUUGAACUUCCUCAACAACUUCCAAGCAGCAGAGGAAGCAUUAAGUGCAGCAACAGCACAAGCUGCAGAAAAAGCAGCCUCCAGCGUUAAGGAUUUUGCCCAGAAGAGUUUCCGACUGGCAAUGGACAUUCACUUGAAAGCUCCGGUUAUUAUUAUCCCUGAGUCCUCCAUCUCUAUGAAUGCUGUUGUGGCAGAUUUGGGUUUGAUUACUGUACAAAAUAGAUUCACUUUGAUCCCAGAUGAAGGGUUCUCGUUACCACCUGUAUUGGACAUCAUGGAUGUUCAUCUAACACAGCUGAAACUUUCGAGGACUAUCCUGCACACCAGUUCACCUCAACUUGACAUUCAGAUGCUGCAGCCCAUCAACUUGCAACUAACGGUGCAAAGAAAUUUGGCAGCAGCCUGGUACCUCAAAAUCCCGAAUGUGGAAAUCAAAGGAGAUUUAAAGACCAUGAAUAUUGUUUUAAGCGAAGAGGAUCUAGUUGUUCUGAUGAAGGUCUUUGAGCAAAAUUUUGGUGAAGGCGGCAAAGAAAUAAAUGCAGUAAAAGCUCUUAAGGAUGAAGUGAAAAAAAAACUCAAAGAUUCCACAGAGGCAACCAAGCCUGUGAAAGCUAUGGCAACUGAAAGCUCAGCAGCAGACCAUCAUCUGGAAAUAAUGAAAGGUGUGUCAGAUGACAUUGUCAAUGUUCAGCUGAACUUUGAAAUCAAGGAGGUUGUAAUAGAAUUAACAAAACAGAUUAACAAGCAGAAGAGCUCAUUUCUCAUGUUCCAUGUGGUGCAAUUGGGAACUGAAACCAAAGUAAGAAAGUAUGAUUUGAGUGCAACAGCCUACUUGAGGAAAAUUGCUUUGAACUGCUGUGAAUUUACAGAUUCAAAUAGCAAACCGCUUAAUUUGAUCAGUUCUUCAGAUGAGCCUGGAUCUGAUCUUCUGAAAGUACAGUAUAUUAAGGCGGAUAGAAAUGGACCACAUUUCAAAAGUAGUUAUGACAGUACUGAGCAGAAGCUCACAGUUGCCUUUUCUUCUCUUGACCUGAUCCUGCAUUUGCAAGCCUUACUUUCGACCAUGAACUUUAUAUCAGCUGUAUUCCCAUCAACUAAUCCUGAUAAUGAGCGUGGAAGAAAAUCGAGCACAGACCAUGAAAAGGAGACUGUGACAAAAGCAGUCUCUCUAGAUACAGCUGUUGAUGUGUUUGACCUGAAGUUUUCUGUUGAACUGGGCGCAUUGAACAUUUUUGUUUGUGAUGAAAAGUUCGACAUCGCUGCCAUCAAAAUACAAGGUAUGGAUGCAUCUGUAUCUGUACUGUCAAAGCAGACAGAUCUUUUUGCCCGUCUCAAAGAUGUAGUUGUUACAGAUGUUGGUUCAAAGACUCUACAUAAAAAGAUUGUUUCGAUCAUUGGUGAUGAAGUCUUCAGCUUCAAGAUGAGUUUAUGUUCAAGUUCUACAGAGGGAAAGGACUACUUUGAUAUGUCAAAAGUGGAUGGAGAGGUGACUUUGCAGAUGGGUUGCAUUCAGUUGGUCUACUUACACAAAUUCUUCAUGUCAUUGUUGAACUUCUUUGACAACUUCCAAGCAGCAAAGGAAGCAUUAAGUGCAGCAACAGCACAGGCUGCAGAAAAAGCAGCCUCCAGCGUGAAGGAUUUUGCCCAGCAGAGUUUCCGACUGGCAAUGGACAUCAAUUUGAAAGCUCCAGUUAUCAUCAUCCCUGAGUCCUCUGUCUCUGUGAAUGCUAUUGUGGCAGAUUUGGGUUUGAUUACUGUGCAGAAUAAAUUUUCUCUGAUCUCUACUGAAGAAUGCAUGCUGCCACCAGUGGUGGACAUCAUGGAGGUUCAACUAACACAGCUGAAACUCUCACGCACUAUUCUCCAGAAGGACUCAGCGCAGCCUGAUUUUCAGAUUUUGCAGCCAGUGAACAUGCUGCUAACAAUAAAAAGAAAUCUGGCUGUAACAUGGUAUCACAAAAUCCCUGGCAUAGAAAUAAAUGGAGAUCUAAAAGCAAUGAAUAUUACAGUUAGUCAGGAUGAUUUGACAAUCCUUCUAAAAAUCCUGCUGGAAAACUUUGGCGAGGCCACAAGUGACAAGGAUGCUGCAGUGGACCCAAAAGACUCUGACAAAAUAACAGACAAAACUGUUGCUUCUGGAGCCAAUCUAUGCCAAGGCUAUCCACAAGUGAAAGCAGGUGAUGUGACUCGUGUAGAAUCCGAACAUAAACCUGAGCCUUAUGAGACACUCCAGUUCGAUUUCAAGUUUGAAUCACUUUCGAUUCUGUUGUAUACUGAAGGUCUCAAACAACCCAUUGACCAUCUGCAGCGUCGAGAAAGAUCAUGCCUUGGGGAGUUCAGGUUACAUCUCACCACAGCUUCAGGGAUGAUGUUCACAGAUGGUUCGCUAGUUUUUGACAUGAACCUCACCACGUGUACACUGGAUGACCUAAGAGAAGGAAUUGAAAAAGUUACACAGAGAAUGAUUGAAAAGAAACAAGGUGCUCAGGAAAAGGUCAUGAUUGAGUUGCGGUACAACCAGAUGAAGGAUGAGACAUCUAUCACUACUGUGCUGGAACAUUUAUACCUUUGUGCCAGUGUGGAGUUCUUGCUGAAUGUGGCAGAUUUCUUCAUCAAAGCUAUGCCUGAAAAAUCAGCUGACAAAUCUGUCCAGUUAUAUCCAAAGCAAACUGGAAAGGCUUCCCCUAGCAGUGCUGUAGACACCCCAAAAGAGAAAAUUAACGUGAAAGUACUGGUGAUGAAUCCUGAAGUUGUGUUUGUGGCAAACCUGUCAAAAGCAGAUGCCCCUGCGCUUGUUGCUUCAUUCCACUGUGACUUCUCGUUCAUCUGUGAAAAGCAGUCCCAUAAGAUGAUCGCCCUUGUCAGUGACCUGAAGGUUCUCGCAUGUCCUUUCCUCCGAGAGAAGAGAGGAACAAAUAUAACCACGGUGUUGCAGCCUUGUUCAUUGUUCUUGGACUUCUUUGAGCCCUUAUCUGGGCCACAAAAUAUCAGUCUUAAGGUAGAAGAGAUAAUUGUAAAGGUUUCCCCAAUUAUUUUAAAUACGGUGAUGACAAUCAUGUCUGCGAUGACCCCCAAAGUGCAGGAGAUGGAAAUCCAGCAAGUGAAUGAUGAUGUGACUGACCUCUGGGCCGUGAAGGAUGUCUUCAAUUGUAAUUAUUGGUUUCUGGGAGUUGAUAUGGCCAGUGAAGCAACAGAGACUUUCACAACAGAAAAGUGGGAGAGGACAGGGGAGUGCUUCCGAAUAGACAUUUCGUUAAUUCAAGUUACUCUUGAAUGUGGACACGGUCACUGCACGAUUCCUUUACUUCUGACUGAGUCAACGUUUUCCGGAAGAGUUGAAAAUUGGACAUCAUUUGUCAGUGUUGAUUCAGACAUGACCCUUGAGGUCCUUUAUUAUAAUGAAGUUAGUGCAGUAUGGGAACCUCUCUUGGAGCAAGUUGCUGGAGGCCAGAAAAGGUGGAGUCUGACAUUUCAGAUAAAAACCAACAUGGCCCAGGACACAGCUCUUGUUCCAGGAGAUGAUUUCCUACAAAUUCUUGACCCACAGACUGCCAUUACUAUUUCCUCGAAAGACAUAUUGAAUAUCACUGUGUCCAAAUGCAGCUUAAAUGUACUUGAUGUCUUAGCCAAGGCAUUUUCGGCAGGAACUGCUUCAACUUUUGAUUUUUCACUGAAGGACCAAGUGCCAUAUACCUUAGAAAAUGCACUGGGCAUUCCUUUGGAUGUGCAUCACUCUGCAAAUCUUUGUGCCAUUGGUUUGCCUCCUGAUCAAAAAUUUCAUCAUCUGGAUGUCGGGCAGAUACUGGAAAUUGAUUAUUCGGCUGUGCAACCCCGAAAUCGAGGAAAGCUUUCUGUGUUAGAAAGACAAGAAAGUAGCCUUUUUACUUUAACUGUAGUGCCGAGUGAUUAUACUGAAGUAGCAAAUAUCCCUGUUGCUAAGCCAGGCCGACGUCUGUAUAAUGUCCUCCACUCUGGCAGCACACAUUCAGUGUCACUUCUAGCCCAGAUAGAUGUUGUGGAAGGUGAUAAAAGAAUUAUCAUCCGUUCCCCUCUCCAGAUCAAGAACCACUUCUCUGUUUCCUUUAUCAUCUACAAGUUUAUUCCAGCUGAACAGUUACUGGAGACUGUUGGUGUGGCUAAUCCUGAAGAGGAAUUCCAUGUGCCUUUACACUCUUACAGGGAGCAAUUGUUCCUGAAGCCAUCAGGUGAACUGGAGGACCAAUUCAAAAUGUCAACAACAUACAUUGUGUGGAAGGAAGAGCUUCACAGGAGCACGGAGAUCCGAUGCAUGCUGCAGUGCCCUUCAACUCAGAUGAACUUCCUGCCUCUUAUAGUUAACAUCAUUGCUAUUCCAGAUGAACUGAACUUUAUCAGUAAUCAUGGUGAAGAUGAGUGGGAUCCAGCAUAUAUCAUUCACCUCUACCCCACAGUUACAAUUCGAAAUCUGCUGCCAUAUACUUUACGUUAUAUGUUGGAGGCAACAGCAGAAAUUAAUGAACUGGCAGAAGGAUCCUCAGCAGAUGUACUGCAAUCCAGAAUCAAGGGGGAAAUAAUGGAACUGGCCCUAAUGAAAUAUCAAGGCAGGAACUGGAGUAGCCAUAUUAAAAUUAAAGAUGGACUUCCUGAAAUGUUUCCAGUAUGCUUCACUGCUGACUGUAAGGAUUGCAUGAGCAUUGAUUUGCUUGUCCAUGUUCGCAAAAUUAGUGGCCGUCUGGUUUUGUCCAUUUAUAGCCCAUACUGGAUCACUAAUAAAACAUCCAGGGUCCUGCAGUAUCGUGCAGAAGAUAUACAUGUGAAACAUCCAGCUGACUUCCGUGAUGUUGUCCUGUUUUCCUUCAAACGGAAAAACAUAUUCAGCAAAAAUAAGAUUCAGCUAUGUGUGUCUACCAGCAGCUGGUCUAAUGGUUUCUCAUUAGACACUGUGGGAAGUUACGGCUGUGUCAAGUGUCCUGCAAGGAAUAUGGAGUAUUUGAUUGGAGUAACCAUUAAGAUGAGCAAUUUCAACAUGACCAAAGUUGUUACCCUAACUCCAUUCUACACAUUGGUUAAUAAGUCUUCCUAUGAGCUGGAAGUUGGAGAAGACCAGCCCGCUGGCCAAUUAAACAGCGGAAAGUGGAUUUAUAUUUCGGCAGCAGAGUGUCUUCCUUUCUGGCCUGAAACAUCAUCGAAUAAGCUCUGUGUCAGAGUGGUUGGUUCUGAACUGUCUUCAAAGUCUUUCUUCUAUAAUAAGCAAGACAAUGGCACAUUGUUGAGUCUUGAACAUGUGUGUGGUGGCAUUAUAGUGGAUGUGAAUGUGGCAGACCAUGCCACAGUGAUCACUUUUACAGACUAUUACGAUGGUUCAGCACCUGCCCUAAUCAUUAAUCACACGACUGCAGUAAAGUUUUGCUUCAAGCAAAGUGGAUUACAGGAUGAGUUGAUACUCGACCCCGGAGAGGCUCGAUUAUUUGCAUGGGCUGAUCCCACUGGUGUCAGGAAACUUAACUGGGGAUGUGCAUGGAAAACAGGAGAACUUGACCUGUUGAAGGAUCAGUUUGGGCAGUUUCUUUGGCAAAACAACAAUCAGAUUCACUGGGUAUCUUUCCUUGAUGGCCGUCAGCGUGUUUUGGUGUUCACUGAAGAUGUUGCAGUUAUUUCUAAAGCACGACAGGCUGAGGAUCUGAUGCAGUUUGACAAGGGAGUUACAAUUUCACUUCACAGCCUUGGACUGUCGCUUGUUAACAAUGAAAGCAAACAGGAAAUUGCAUACAUAGGAAUUACCAAUUCUGGAGUUGUUUGGGAAAUGAAACGGAAGCAACGCUGGAAGCCUUUUAGUCAAAAGCUCAUCAAUCUUUUGGAGCAGAGCUACCAGACACACCUGAUUGAAAAGACUGCAGAACAUUGGAUUAAGUUGGACAGUAACUUGGAGGUUAAUUUUCAUGUUAUGCAAAUCCGUUUGCCUCAACGAUUGAGCAUCAGACGAAACUUUUUAUCUGGCAUUCAAGUUGAGUAUAAGCAGUCUGCUCAUCACAGGAGUUUACGUGCCCAGUUGUAUUGGCUGCAGGUUGAUAACCAGUUGCCUGGUGCAAUAUUUCCAAUAGCUUUCCAUCCAGUACCACCUCCAAAGUCCAUUGCUUUGGAUUCAGAACCAAAACCAUUUGUUGAUAUAAGCAUCAUCACAAGAUUUAAUGAACACAGUCAAGUCAUGCAGUUCAAAUACUUCAUGGUCCUGAUUCAGGAAAUGGCUGUGAAGAUCGAUCAAGGAUUUCUCAGUGCAGUUAUAGCAUUGUUUACCUCAGCCUCAGAUCCUCUGGCAGUGACUCAAAAGACUAAUCUGAUAGACCAGGACAUGGAAGCCCUGAAGACAGAAUUGAUGGAAACAUCAAUGACCGAUGCUUCAAGACUUAGCUUCUUUGAGUAUUUCCAUAUUUCACCACUUAAAUUGCAUCUGAGUUUAUCUCUUGACUCAGGAGGAGAUGAGUCCAGUAAAGAAAAGCAUGAAGCAGUGCCACUGCAGUCCCUCCACAUCUUACUCAAAAGCAUUGGAGCUACAUUAACAGAUGUUGACGAUCUCAUCUUCAAGCUUGCGUUCUUUGAAAUGAAAUUCCAGUUCCAAAAGAGGGAUCAAUUAAUGUGGACUGUAAUUUCACAUUAUAGUGAACAGUUUCUAAAGCAAAUGUAUGUACUCGUUUUGGGGCUGGAUGUUCUUGGGAACCCAGUUGGCCUGAUCAGAGGAUUAUCUGAAGGUGUAGAAGCAUUCUUCUAUGAACCCUUUCAGGGUGCUGUUCAGGGACCAGAGGAAUUCGCAGAGGGCUUUGUGAUAGGAGUGAGGAGUCUGCUUGGACAUACUGUUGGUGGCGCAGCUGGUGUGGUAUCUCGAAUCACAGGCACUGUUGGGAAAGGCCUAGCUGCAAUCACCAUGGAUAAAGAAUACCAGCAGAAAAGAAGGGAGGAAAUGAACCGCCAACCCAAGGACUUUGGAGACAGUUUAGCUAAAGGAGGAAAAGGCUUCUUACGAGGUGUGGUUGGAGGAUUUACAGGAAUAGUCACAAAGCCAGUUGAAGGUGCCAAAAAAGAAGGUGCAGCUGGUUUCUUCAAAGGAGUGGGCAAAGGUCUGGUUGGUGUCGUUGCACGGCCAACGGGUGGGAUCAUUGACAUGGCGAGCAGCACAUUGCAAGGAAUUAAAAAGGUUGCAGAAUCAACCGAAGAUGUUAAUAAACUCCGCCCACCUCGGUGUAUUCGUGAAGAUGGGAUCAUUAGGCCUUAUGAUCGCACAGAAUCCGAGGGAUGCCAUUUAUUUGAGAAAUUGGAGAUUCAGAAAUUUGAAGGCGAGAACUACCGGAUUCAUUGUCGCUUGCACGGGAGAAAAAAGGCGCAUCUGCUCAUCACAAACAGGAGGGUCGUGUGCAUUUCUGAUGAGAUUCUAGGCCAUCUUGGUAGUGACUGGAAUUACACUUUUGAAGAAUUUGUUCAACCACCAACUUUAGAAGGCACUGUGUUGAGCCUGUACAUCAAGGAUCAAUCAAUAAUAGGAUUUUCAAACCCAAAAAGUGGGUCUGAAGGUUUUGUGAGGAAAGUGGUUCUUCAGGAUGCAAAGAUGGCAAAGAGGAUGUUCGAUGCUCUUGAAGAAGCUCAGGCAGCAAGGCAACAACAACAGCUGGUGAAACGAAAAUCACUGAGGUUUUUGAAGCCCUGAGAUUUUAUGCACUCCUUUUGCACUAAAUUAAUGCCCAGUGUUUGCUUUUUCAUAAAAUUGUAAUUUGCACUGUAACUACAUAUUUUCUUAUUUUAAUGAAAUAUAGUUCUUAAAAAAAAAAAUGCAUUCUGUGAUAUAAUGGUACCAUUUCUAUGCAGAAGAAUAGGUGCGUGUGUAUACCGAAUGUUGAUCAUUUCAGCUAAUAUUCUAAAGAUUUUCUAAUCUUGCACUACCAAAAAUCUUUCAAGUGUUAAAAAAUAAAGUUAUGUAUAAUAUAAGUUGAAAAUAAAUUAGCUUAUGUUGUGUAGAUUGUAUGUUUUUAUCUGGUUGCAAUACACUCAUUUUGAUAAAUACUGAGCUUCUAGUUGAGAAUAAACAUGCCAACCCUAUUCAUAAUGAAAGGACAAUGAAUCAUACUCUCUCAAGGUGGACAGCUCUACUGUCACGAUAAAGAAUCUUCAACCAUUGAAAAUUAUGUAGCUUUAAGAAUUCGUUAAAGCUCCUACUUGACCUUCACAGUUACAUUAGAUCAAUUCUGUGCAUAAUUCAAAGCUUUAUAUACAUUGUAUCUCUCCAACCCAGAGAGUCAACAUGCAAAAAUCACUUGUUUCAAUUUUUUCAGUUGACUUAACCAAUAACUACUCAGUUUACCACAUGGAUUUGCUUAAAUGUUGAUUAAGUGCGGAAAGCUACCUCUUCCAAUUAUAAACAAAAGGCCACACAGAGUCGGCUAUUAGAAACAAUGUAUAACUUGAAGUUGAAUAUAUUUUUUGUACUUUGUGUUUUAAGGAGGAUACAUGGUUUUCAUUUUAGAUUUGAUAUCAGAGUGGUUAAGGGAAGUCUGCUGUUUUGUGCUAUUUCUAUGCCUUUUAAUGAGGUUUUACAACCUCAGUGAGGAUUUUGCUGAAUAGUUCAGUGCAUUAUUAAAAGAAAGCUGAAGAGAGAGCAAAAAAAAGUACUACUGUCUAGUGACAGAACUUCAGAUAUGCCAAGGAGCAGAACAGUCCAAAAAAACAUCAGUCUAUGUUCAGAUGUGCUGGAAGUUGGAGGCAAGGUAACUGACCUGCUGAGUUUAGGAAACUUAUGUUUGCUCUGGGGUUAAAGGUACAAGUGAAUUUAGUUUGGAGUUUGUGCCUCAGGGCAACAUACCGUAUGAGGGGAAGAAGCAAGAAGUGGCCGUACAGUAACUUGCUGUAAUGAAACUAGGGUCAGCUGUCCUGGUCUGAGUUUGAGGAGGGGACCCUCAGUGGAGGUAGUCGUGGAUCGUCACUGAGGCUUUGAAUGUUUGCAAAGGCCUUUCUGUGGUAAAUGUUGUAAUGUGAGUUUGCAUCUUUUGCUGUCUGCAAUUAAAUCAUUUUUUGUGGUGUAAUUAAUUUUUUUGUUUAAUAAAUGUUUUAUUCUUUGUGUUAAAAGCGCA